CACCAGAAGGCCAUAAGUGAACACAACGAACUACAACAUCGCCAAUUAAUUCUCAACAUGGGCGGAAAAAGAAAGCGCGGUGCUAAAGCCAACAUUAGCGGUAAUCAGCCGUCGCGCAAGAAAGCUAAGAAUGGCGACGUUGUGGCUGUUGUUGCACCUCAAGACCUAGAACUCGACAAGUCAGCUUUUCCCGAGAAGCUGGAUGUUGAGAACCGCAAGCGGGAGGCCAGAAUUUACGACCUUCUCGGAAGUUUCGAUAGCACGGAACAUAUUGCGGCCGCUGACGCAGCCAUUACCGGCCUACUAAGCAGCGAAGAGCCCGCUUUGAAAAGGCAUCUGGAAUAUCGUCUCUUUCGUGGGCUUGCCAGUUCCCGAAACGCCGCCAGGAUUGGCUAUAGUCUCGUCCUGACUGAAAUCCUCGGCCAGCUCUUCGGCAAAGAGAAGCUUGCUGAAUCCAAGUAUCCCGGUUUAACAUUCGACAACGUCUUGAGCAUUUUGCUGGAGAAAACCCAACCAAGUGGUGGUAUUUCAGGUCCAGAGGAGCGCGAUCACUAUUUUGGGCAGCUCUUCGGACUCAAGUCUUUUGUUGAGGCGAAAAUCCUCUUUGGCGAAGACAACUCGAGAUGGCAAACUGUCCUAGAUCUGCUACUGAAACUAGCUGACAAGAAGGUGUGGAUGAAAUCACACACCGCGUGGGUGAUUGUCCAAGCUUUGCCGCAAAUGGGCCAGGAAAGGGCUGGAGAACUGCUAAAGAAGUUGGCCGACGCUGGAUGGGGCAAAACAGCGGAAGGUGUGGGUAUUUGGAUUCAGGUUGCACGAAUUUAUCCGAAGCUUAAGGUGCCUAGCAAGCCCUGGGCCGAUCCAUUGGCGACAAAGAGUAUACCUGAAUUGGCCAAUGUCCUGAAGGAAAACGUGAAGCAGGACACCGGCGACAAAGACGUCCCGAAGUCAAAGGUUGCAACAAGUAGCUGGAAUUCGCAGCUUCACUUCGUCUGGGAUAUUAUUUUGGCAUAUUUCACCGCACAAACCGAGACGGCUAAAGGAAUUGAUUCUGAGCGAUUCACACUUUUCUGGAAUACCGUUGUUGAUGAUGGGCUAUUCUCGAAGAAUGCUUCAGAACAACAGAAGUAUCGUGGCUUCAUGAUAUUUCAGAAGUUCCUAGGAGGUCUUGCGGCAAUCAAGAACGCAACACUGGUCAAAGAGCUGUUCUCAAGAAAUCUGAUGAAGUGCUUGAUCAACCAGGCAGCGAAAGAGGAUCGUUAUCUCCACCUAGCUGCGAACAAGUCGCUCAAGACCAUAGAGGAUGUCGUGGAGGUAGAACCCACUUUCCUCCUGCCUGUUCUAGCUCAACUUCUCGGCAAGAACGGGGCAUAUGAUUUUGAUCAAAGGACGAAGUCAAAAACAAUCGAGAAGCUUCUUCAAACGCCAUUCGUUGAGGAUGCUGAUGCUAUCUUUGCUCUUCUUCGGAACCCAGUUAAAGCGCUCAAUGACGAUGAUGCGCCAGAGGCUGAGAGGCUGAGACGCGCAUACGCCGAUUACUUGGUCAAGAUCUGCACAUCAGACAAGCCUCUUGCUGGCGGCGACUCCAGAGAGGCAAAAUCAAGGGGUAAGAUCCUUGAGACUGCAAUCAACCAAAUGACCAGUUGUGCCUAUUCCAAGAAGGAUGAUUCGUUCAGUCCGGAAUUAUCGACGAAGACAAGAGACUAUUUCCGCAACCGUCUCGAGUCGGCAUUUGCCAAACUCACUAAACGACAAGAAGACUACGAAUAUUUGUGCAAUGCCGUGUUAGCCAUCGAUGCGACAGCUGUGCAAAUGAGUGCAGAGAUCGAGGCGGAGCGAAAAGCAGCGACGAAAACACUGAAAAAGCUGAUCAAAUCCUCUAAGUCUACCAAGAGCUCAAGCUCUUCCCUUGGCUUUGCGCUUCUCUAUGCUAUCACCAUCUUGCAGCUAUACAACGGAGACUCGGAUGCACUCAACACAUUGGCAGAUCUAAAACAAUGCUCAGAGAAGCUCAAUGAGGCAGACAGUGAUGCAUCUGCGCUUCUCGUCGAAAUUUUGUUGUCUCUUGUAUCACGCCCAUCUCCGAUGAUGCGGCAAGUUACUCAAGAAGUAUUUGGUUCUUUCACGUCUCAAAUGACAGCUGAUGCGCUGGAACGUCUUACCGAUCCCUUGACAGCUGAAGAGAACCUGAAGGGUCAGCAGGCGCUCUUCGACGCCGAGGAUGAAGAAAUGCUUGAUGUCGCGGAAGGGUCAGAUGCCAGUGAAGGUAACGAGGAAGAUGAGGAUGAGGAGGAUGAGGAGGAUGAGGAUGAAGUUUCAGAGAUUGGCUCUGAUGUCGAAUUCGUCACACUUAACGGUGCUGCUCCCGACUCAGAGGGAGAGAGCGAUGAUGAAAACGAGGAAGAAGAGGAUGGUGAUACUCAGGCAUAUGCUGAUCUUGACGCGAAGCUUGAGGAAAUUCUUGGUAGUCAUCGUCUGGACAAGGACAAGGAUGCUGACUCGUCGGAUGAUUCCGAUCUAUCGGAUUCUGAUAUGAUGGAGUUCGACCAGAAACUGGCGGAAGUCUUCAAGCAAAGGGCACAGAAACCCAACAAGAAGAAGAAGAACCAGGAUGCCAAGGAAACUAUGAUCAUUUUCAAACAUCGGAUUCUGGACUUCUUGGACUCGUAUGUCAAAAAAGAAGCUCAAAACCCACUCGCAUUCGAGCUACUUCUGCCGUUGUUGCAGACAAUUCGGACAACAUCGACAAAGGAAAUCGGCAACAAAGCGAUCAAAGUCAUUGGUGAUUUUUCGGAUGCUGUCAAGAAGCAGAAGACCAAGAGCGGUGGCACCCUGGAGUUACUGCAGCAAGUCUUACAAGAAGCACCAAAGGAUCAGUCACAUGCAUUCGCCCGUGCCGUCUCUUCGAGUGGUUUGCUAAUAGCAAGUUCGAUUAACGAUGUGGAAAAGGUGAUGGAUGUGUACUACUCGAGUCUUAAGGAUUGGGCACUACGCGGCGCUGCGGUGCAGACAAGCAUCUUCUCAGAGUGGUUGAACUGGCUACAGGCUCAUCGCAAGUCGCAAUAAAGCGAUUUGUUGUAUACUUUGGCAUAAUUCAGUCACCGAGUCAGGUCGAUAGCUGUUAGUAGUACAUCACGAAUGUUUAAGGGCAAUGAGUUCAGAAUUUAAAUUUGAUUUCGUCCCUGUUGUAUUGUCUAUCAUAGUAAGAACAU